GGAAGGGGUUCAGGACUGAGAUAUGCAAAAUAAGAACCAUGUGAAAGAUUACUCCACACGUGUAGAAUGUACGUUUAGUCCAUGUUAGUCGAAUCUUGGAGACAGAAGCCUCCGUAAAUCGAAUUGAUCGGUCAAAUUUCAAUUGUGAUUACUUUAUGCUAGUUAAAUUUAUAAAAAUUGAAUAUUACAAAAUGGUGUUACGUUGUGUUAUGUGUGGGCUAUCGCGAGAAAUGUGUAUUACGGCAAAUACGAUAAGCUUUCACAAAUUCCCAAUGGACAGGGUGAGAAGGGAAAAAUGGUGUUCUGCAAUGGAACUGUCAGUUGAAAAAAUAUUUAAAAACUCAGUACUUUGCAGAUUACAUUUUGAUAAAGAUUGUUUUGUGCAUUCCUCUGACCCACGUGACACCUUCAGAAAACGCUUAAAAUUGGAUGCAGUGCCGUCUAUUAGAAAUAUAUUUCAUAAUGAAAUUGAGGGAAAGAACGAAGCAAACGUUACAAAAAAUAACGAGUGUGUUGUAAAGACAGAACCCCAAAUAUUAGAAGAAAACAAAUUAAUUUCAGAUAAAUAUAUUAAGAUGGAAAUUAACGUAGAUUCAGAACAAAGCGAAUCAAACGAAAAUGUGACAAAAGUAAUAACAGAAGGAACGUCAUUUAAUUGUAUAUCAUUAAAUGAAAACAAAAUUCUAAAGAGAAGCCAAGACUUUGACACUCAUAUCCAAUUCAGUGGACGAUUGAAAAAAAUUACAAACAUUAAGUGGGAUGAUAUUUCGCACUCCUUACCUCUCUGCAAAAUUUAUUUCGAAGAAGCCCAAGAUGUAAUUGCAGACUUGGAAAAAAAAUUACGAUCAAAAGGUCAUCGAACAUGGCGUUUGGAGAAAAGAGUGAAAUCAUUAAAGUCAAUGUUACAGGUGAUGAAAAAUAGGAAAUUACUGACAGAAGAAAUGGCGACUAAAUUGAAGAAAAAUACUUCUCCUGUAGUUGCAUCAGUAAUUCGGUGAAUGCUUAUAAGUAGAAAGAAUCGUCCGUUUCCAUCAGUACUUAAGGCUUUUACUACCACAUUACACUUCUACUCCCCGAAAGCUUAUGAUUACGUGCGCAACAUUUUUUUUAAAAGUUUACCACAUCCAAGCACAAUAAGAAGAUGGUAUCAAUCAGUUGACGGCAGUUCUGGUAUUUGUUCUGAAGCUACUUUAACCGUGCGUGACCAAGUGAUGAAAGCUAAAAGAAAAGAUAAAGAGAUUUUUGUUUGUCUUAUGGUGGAUGAAAUGAGUAUUAUGGAAUACAUUGAAUGAGAUGGUCAUAAGUUUUAUGGAUAUGAAGAUUUUUUAAUAAAUGAUCCAUAAACAAAUCAAACUGAACAGAAAGAAGCCAAAAAUGCUAUGGUUUUUACGGUGGUUGACAUUAAUCAUCACAUUUAAAUUCCAAUAGCCUAUUUUCUUACAAACUUUAUAUAAAAUGAUUCCUGAUGCAAUUUAAAAAUCGCAUCUUCGAAACUUCAAAGGGUCAAUUCUUAUUAAACAAUUCGUAUUAGUUUGAAUUUUCGCCGAUAAGGGAGCAGCACUUCCUGAGCAUGUGUGGCGACCAACGAAGUAGCAGCCAAUCGGAUUCAAGGACUCCCGCAGGAGUGGCGCCCUCCGGACCAGACCCUUCGAGAAUCCUCCAAUCGUCUCGCAUCUAGCACACCAGCAUGUCCGCCUUUCUGUAACACGUUAACUAAUUAAUAAAGAUAGUGUGUGUUUUGUA